AUGGCGGUCGAUAUCUAUGACCCGGAAGGUGCCGGAGGUGUUUCAGUCGAGAAGUCUGGGGCUGCCGGCGAAUUGGUCUGCACCCAGCCCUUCCCGAGUCAGCCUCUUCAAUUCCACGGACCGGGCGGCCUAGAGAAGUACAGAUCCUCAUACUUUGAGCGUUUUGGUCCGCGGGUCUGGUGUCAGGGCGAUUUCAUACAGCGCCUCACUGACACAGGAGGACUUCUCAUGCUGGGUAGAUCUGAUGGUGUUCUCAACCCAUCGGGCGUGCGUUUCGGCUCCGCAGAGAUCUACGCAGUCACCGAGACCUUUUCAGAUAUAUCGGAUGCGAUAUGCGUUGGCCAGAGGCGGGCAUGCGAUAGUGACGAACAGGUCUUGCUGUUUAUCAAGAUGAAGCCAGGCUGUUCCUUUACCCAAGAUAUCCAGCAGAGACUUAGGGCCUCCAUCAGGGACAAGUAUACCCCCCGUCACGUUCCCAAGUAUAUCUUCGCCGUAGCAGAUAUUCCCUACACCAUCAAUGGCAAGAAAUGUGAGAUUAACGUCAAGCACAUUGUCAGUGGCCGUGCAGUCGCGGUCAGCAAUACUGUGGCUAAUCCCCAAGCAUUGGAACUCUAUAAGCGCUUUCAGGAUCUUCCGGCUGAAGGCAAAAGGAUCGGGGCGAAGGCAAAUUUGUAA